CCCGCCCUAGUACUCGCGGCAUUGACAUUCGACUGGCCGCCGACGAACAAGUGUGUGUGUGUGUGUAUAUGUGCGAGUGCUAAUCCGUAGCUUAGCGGCACAAGGCAGCCAGUUGUUCCGAAGCGCUUCUAAGGGAAGCCUUUGGCAUGCUACCAGAUGGCUGGGACGCCGAGGUCAGUCUGGCCGGCGCUCAGCCGAAGGUCGAAUCCACCCAGCGGCUCGGCCUGUUCGGGAGCUUCUUGUGCUUGACGAAGAUCAACUGGGGGAUCGGGAUGAUGGCAAUGCCCUAUUACAUGCACCUGGCCGGCCCGUGGUGCGGCAUAGUGUUCUUCACAAUUUCCAUCUGCCUCGCUGCAGACGGUGUGAUGUGCCUGGUGCGCAUCCCAGACGCGUCCACCAGGCCCUGUUGCACGUACGCGGAGCUCGUCGGCUCCCGUCUGGGGAUCUGGGGCAGGCGCGGGGCGCUCCUGUCGCUGCUGCUGGCAAACUGGGGCUCCGCUGUCGCGUGGAUCAAAUUCAUGGGGGACAACCUCCACAAGUUCCUGCCCGAGGUCGCUGCCUCGAGCGCAGAGUGGUCCCUGGCGGUGACAGUGCUGACCCUGCCGUGCGCGCUUGUGGAGAGCGUGGAGCCUCUGAAGCGAGUGUCUUUCGCAGGCCUUCUGGCUGGACAGCUCUUCGUGGUGAUCCUGGUGGCACAGGCCGCGGUGCACUGGCGACACUUUGGCGACUACCUUGCCACGGCGCGGCCGGGGAGCGGUUGGCAAGGUCUGCCCAUCGCUAUGGGCAUUGCGGUUUUCUGCAACGAAGGGAUGGUCGUUGUGACUCCGAGUGUGCAUGCAGAAAUGCGAGCGCCUCGCUGGUAUCCAGUAGCCCUCGCAUGCAUGGCGGUGUUCUUCUGGGUGAACUACCUGGCGGCUGGCCUGGCCGGAGACUUCCUCUUCGGAUACGUCGACGGCAGGCCUGUCCAGGACGAGGCGACCCUGUCCCUCGGGCUGUCUGGCCUCCACCGUGCCGCGGUGUACUCGUACGUGCUACAGCUCGCUCUGACGUUCCCCGUCAUGCUCUUCGCGGUCUUCGUCAGCUUCGAGGACGCCUGGGCGGGGCACCGUUGCGGGCGGGUCCGGGUGAGGCUGGCGAGGGCGGGGGCCAUCGUGUUCGCAGGGGCGCUUGCCGUUCUUGUGCCAAGGUUUGGGGACUUCUUGGCCCUGUCUGGUGCACUGGGCAACUCCCUCGGCAUCUACGUCCUGCCGCAGCUGUGCCUGCUGCGCGCGACCGAGGCGGGGCGUCCCCUGGCCAGUGGCAGGCGGCGCAUCCUAUCCUGGACCAUCGUCUUGGUCUUCGGCAUUGCGUGCGGGGCCGUUGCAACCGUGGUCUCGUUCCAGCAGCUCCUUUGACCCAGCGCCAGAAGCUCUGGGAAAUGCCACGGCAGUGAUGCAGCGGCUGGGCGUGCGCCCUGGCUUCGAGACUGGCUGGCGUGGUUCUGGGGCGCGCUGCGCGGGCCCGGAACGAGAUGCCCGAAUCGAGCACGCUCCGCGGAGCACGCUCGUGCACACCAGGGUAUGGCGGGAGAGGCAUAGUCACAAGAC